AUGGCUCUUCGCAUCCUCUCGCAGACUCUUCGUGCCCGUGCUCUGAAGUCGGCGACCUCUGCGACGUGGCGUGCGUCCUCGCAGCACAUUGCAGGUGCUGCUUGUUGUUUCUCGACCAAGUACACGCGACAGCACGAGUACGUGACGAUCGAGGGCAAGGAAGGCACGAUUGGGAUCACGGACUUUGCCCAGAACUCGCUGGGAGACGUGGUGUACGUGGACUUGCCAGCAGUGGGCGACAAGUUCCAAAAGGGCGACACGUUCGGUGCCGUGGAAUCUGUCAAGGCUGCUAGUGACUUGUACACGCCUGCUUCUGGCACUGUCACGGCCGUGAACGACCAUCUGGCAGAUGAGCCGAACCUCGUGAACGACGAGGCCAUGACGAGUGGGUGGUUUAUCAAGCUAGAGCUGGACAAUAUGUCGGACGUGGACGAUCUGCUGGACGAAGCUGCGUACAAGGAACUGUGCGAGAACGAGGAGCACUAG